CUGUGCAACCGCGGGAUAUAAACAAUCCACGCAUGAGCCGAGCUACAGCUUGUUGGACACGUUUAUACAGUGAAAUUGUGUGAUUUAGUGGCAUUUCUCGGCCGCCUGAUGGAGAUAUUAGGAAGCACGUUUGAUGACUCGGUGUUUUCGGAGGCGAGAGACCGAGUCUCUGUGUCUUUGUCCUCUUACAAAGCCAAAGUGUGUGAGCCGGAGUGGUUUUGUGAGAGCGCCGCUCUCGAUACAGACGAUUCUUUGGAGAAGCAGAAAGUCCACAAGUUUAGAGGUGACUUGGCUGUGAGGCAGGGCAAAUAUCAGAUAGCCCUGGAUGCGUACAGCAGCUGCCUGGAGUGGAUUGCUGACAACAACCUGACCAUCAGAAGGGAUGUGCUGGAGGGAAUGGCUCGAUGCUGCACCAAACUGGGACAGAGAGAAAAGGCGUUGGACUUGGCUGACUUACUGAGCAAAGAAGCCUCCAACACCUGUCAUCUCAUCGGCCUCCUGCUGCUCAAGGUCAGCAUCUACCAGCAUUUUGGAGCCAUAGGAUCAAAGGUGUCGUCUCUGCAGCAGCUGUGCAGCCUGCUGCCCUUUAACCCUUGGCACUGGUGCACCCUAGGACAAACGUGUCUGCAGCUGCUGGAGAGGGACAGAGCCACAGGAUCCUGUUCCCCACAGAGGUGUGAGUCAGCAGGAGAGCAGAGGGAUGGAGAGACUGCGGAGCAACAGGAGGAGGCAGCAGAGCUCGAUGAGGACAGGAUCUGGCUGAAGGCCUGCACGAGCUUCAUCAGGACAAGACUCCUGUUGAGAAUCCUUCGGCAGCAGCAGUCGUCCUUUGUGCUGCAGCGCAGCGAAAGUGCCCUCCAAACAACAGAAAAGGCGUUACAGUGGCUAAAUCCCAAAGAGACAACUCUGCAGGCCGUCACUGAGGUGAUGUCAGAGGACCUGAUCCCAGAGAAGAUGAGGGAAGACUACCAGGACGGGGAGAGUUUGGCUACCGUGUGUGUGCAGAGCUUCAGAGAACGCUGGUGGAACAAGAUCUUACUGACUGGAGUGCUAGAGACUGAUGGAUGUCAACAUCGGACGGACACAAAGUCCUGAUGCUCUAGUGUUACCUGUUUACAGAGAAGUUGGUGGGGAAAAAAUCACUGUACAGAUCCCAUCUAAGAGCAGAGAAAGACAGUGACGAACCAGAUCCACCUCCAAUGACAUGACUCCCUAUAAAGUACAUGUCUAACUAGUGACGUUCUGUUGCAUAAUCAGGGAACAAGGACUGCAUUUACUAAAGAGCCAUUUGGUAGAACUUCACACAUUGUUCCCUAAAACGUAACAGAUUAUUUUAAUGUGUGUCCCUUCAUGUAAAGCACAGUGAGAACUGCACAGUGGGUACAAUAAUAGUUAAUCCCACAGUACCAAACACUGAAUGUGUCACCUAUUUAAUAUCGUGGUAUGUGUAGUUGAUGACUGUGAUCCUACUCUGCCUUGACAAAGGUCACAAAAGGAGACAAAGUCAGACGUUUUAAAUUCUUUAAUGUUCUCCUGAAAUCUAACUUAUAUCAUAACAUGUUCAUAUCUUUAAAAAUCAUUUUAAUAAAACAUACAUAUUUUGUUUUUA